CCUACUAGGCACGGAGUAAGGAAGGAAAGCGAACCUCGUGCAAACCUAGCGCAGCCAGGUAUAUAUAGCUUGUACAAUGGCAGACCCCACUGAAGCAGAAACUACGAGUAAAAGUGGAUCGUCUGAUUUAGAGAAUCAAAGACAAGGUUUUGACAAUCAAAAAGCGGUGCAAAAUGAAUUAGAACAAUCAGAUGUUAAACCUAAACCCGAUGAAAAAGUAACCACUUCAAGUUCAAGCAGCAAGAAGAAAAAAAAGAAAAAAACAAGCGAUGCUGUCGAUGGACAAACAAAAGAAAAGCAGGCACUGGUUGCACCUACAAUGGACAUUCGAACUUUGCAAAAAAUGAUAGCUGGAAGUUCUAUUCGGUCUGCUGAAGAAGAGGCAAAUGAUAAAACUUAUUUAUUUUGGGAUACACAGCCUGUUCCAAAACUAGGUGACAGGAUUGAAGAAGAUAUUAACGAACCUGUUGAAGGAGAUAAAGAAGACAUACGACAAGAAUCAUUCUCCCUGCCUGGUGGAUUUGUAUGGGAUACUCUAGAUCUAGGGAAUGAAGAAGUGUUAAAGGAGUUGUAUACACUACUAAACGAAAACUAUGUUGAAGAUGAUGACAAUAUGUUUCGAUUCGAUUAUUCACCUGAAUUUCUGACAUGGGCACUUCGUCCACCAGGCUGGAAAAUGCAAUGGCAUUGUGGAGUUCGGGUGGUAUCUAACAAUAAACUAGUUGGCUUUAUCAGUGCAGUGCCAGCCAAUAUUAAAAUAUAUGAAAAAUAUGUAAAGAUGGUUGAAAUUAAUUUCUUAUGUGUGCAUAAAAAGCUACGGUCAAAACGAGUAGCACCUGUUUUAAUUAGAGAAAUCACGAGGCGUGUUAAUAUGGAAGGAAUAUUUCAGGCUGUUUAUACUGCAGGAAUCGUUUUACCCAAACCUGUUGGAACAUGCAGGUACUGGCACCGUUCUCUUAACCCAAAGAAAUUAAUAGAUGUUAAGUUUUCGCAUUUGAAGAGAAAUAUGACAAUGCAGAGGACUAUAAAGUUGUAUAAACUACCGGAGACUACAAAAACACCUGGCUUACGACCGAUGACACACAAAGAUGUAAAAUCUGGACAUACGUUAUUAUCAAAGUAUUUAUCACAAUUUCAACUAGCUCCUAAUUUUACUGAAGAGGAAUUUGAGCACUGGUUUUUACCCAGAGAUGGUGUUGUAACAUGUUACGUCGCAACGGAUGACAAAGGAAAUGUGACAGAUAUGGUUAGUUUUUACACGCUUCCAUCGACAGUUGUGGACCAUCCAAAACAUAAAACAUUAAAAGCAGCUUACUCCUUCUACAAUGUAGCAUCACAAGCCAAACUAUCCGAACUUAUGAAUGACGCUUUAGUGGUAGCGAAAAAUAAUGAUUUCGAUGUGUUCAACGCACUUAACCUGAUGCACAAUGAUCAGUUUUUAGAAGAAUUAAAAUUUGGAAUUGGAGAUGGAAAUCUUAACUACUAUCUGUAUAAUUGGAAAUGUCCAACAAUCGGUGAACGAGCUAUCGGACUGGUUCUACAAUAAAACAGAAGUGAUCAUAUAGUGUUGUCAGCAGGUGCGAGACCAAGUUACGAGCAACUGCAGUGGACUGGUUCCUUCCACACAAGCCAUGCAAGUUUCUAACAAGAUAUCUAUUAUCGUUGGUUUUAAUAAGAACAAAACAUAACAAUUAUUUUAUUUUCUUCGCCUUUUUGUCAAUUUUUAUUUUUAUACUAUUUGAGUUGUAGAUGUUUUAAUUGCGUAUUUGUUAGACGAUGUUUUUAUUCCACAACUUAGCUAUUACAAUUUAGCUAUAACUAUCUAGCUAUAACUAUCUAGCUAUAACUAUCUAGCUAUAACUAUCUAGCUAUAACUAUCUAGCUAUGACUAUCUAGCUAUAACUAUCUAGCUAUAACUAUCUAGCUAUGACUAUCUAGCUAUAACUAGCUAGCUAUAACUAGCUAGCUGUCUGCGUGUAAAUCGUAAAGAUUUAUAUAAUUGUGAUGAAUACGUUUGGAUUUUUCGUGCAAUUUAAAUCACUUUUCGUUUUUCAUUUAAAUUGAUAACGACUAAUUAAUUACGAUUGAACUUCGUAAACGUCGAAACUAUUAGUUUUGAUUUCUGCCGAUAUCAUUUUUACCCUUUCAUAGCUAAUUUCUCUCGUGCCAUUUUCUCAUGGAUUUUUCUCUUUAAAACCACUAUUUAAAUUAAAGUUUAUCAGAAGCGAAUAUAAUUUAUGGAGGAAACAAAAUGUCUCGGUUGUUUUCUUUGCAUUAUUUCUCAAGCUUGUUUUACGGCUAAUAUUACGUUAUGUGUCCCGUGUUUAGUUAUUAUUGAAACGGUUAUAAAACUUGCUCGUACAUCUGACUACUGUCAACAUCUGACUACUGCCAGAGAUUCUAAACUGGAUUUAAAAAUCUGUCAUGUGAGACGCUGUUGUAGAUUAAAUGUAUUCUUGUUUUAAAUUUCAUAAUUUUAAUAUGGUUUA